AUGCACCGGAGACACACCACGCUGAGGGAGAAGGGGCGUCGCCAGGCUGUGCGAGGCCCAGCCUACAUGUUUAACGAGCGUGGCUCGGCCCUGACACCCGAGGAAGAGGGUUUCCUUGACGCUGCCGAGUACGGCAACAUCCCCGUGGUCCGCAAGAUGCUGGAGGAGUCCAAAACCCUCAACUUCAACUGUGUGGACUACAUGGGCCAGAAUGCAUUGCAGCUGGCAGUGGGCAAUGAACACCUGGAAGUGACUGAGCUGUUGCUAAAGAUGGAUGGGCUAGCCAGAGUGGGCGACGGGCUCUUAUUGGCUAUCUCUAAAGGGUAUGUGCGUAUCGUGGAAGCCAUAUUGGCGAACCCGGCAUUCAGCCAAGGGCUGCGGCUCACCCAGAGUCCCCUCGAACAGGAGCUACGGGAUGACGAUUUUUACGCUUACGAUGAAGACGGGACACGCUUUUCCCACGACGUCACCCCAGUCAUCCUAGCAGCACACUGUCAGGAGUAUGAGAUUGUGCAUAUCCUGCUCACCAAGGGGGCCCGCAUCGAGAGGCCUCAUGACUACUUCUGUAAGUGCAAUGAGUGUGUCGAGAAGCAGAAGAGAGACUCAUUCAGCCACUCCCGCUCCCGGAUGAACGCUUAUAAAGGGCUGGCCAGUGCUGCCUACCUGUCCCUGAGCAGUGAAGACCCUGUCCUCACCGCCCUGGAGCUCAGCAACGAACUGGCCAGACUGGCUAACAUAGAGACUGAGUUUAAGAAUGACUACAGGAAGUUGUCCAUGCAGUGUAAGGACUUUGUAGUGGGGGUGUUGGACCAGUGCAGAGACACAGAGGAGGUGGAGGCCAUCUUGAACGGAGACGUGGACAAUGCCCCGCCCAGUGACAACAACCGCCCCUGCCUCGAACGCGUCAAACUGGCCAUCAAAUACGAGGUCAAGAAGUUUGUGGCGCACCCUAACUGCCAGCAGCAGCUGCUGACUAUCUGGUAUGAGAACCUGUCAGGUCUGAGGCAGCAGUCCAUCGGGGUCAAGUGUUGGACCGUGCUAGGGGUCACCGUGGGACUGCCCUUCCUGGCUAUUGCCUACUGGAUCAUGCCCUGCAGCAAGCUGGGUCAGAUCCUGAGAAGUCCCUUCAUGAAGUUUGUGGCCCACGCCGUGUCCUUCACCCUCUUCCUGGGCCUGCUGGUCAUCAACGCCUCGGACCGCUUCGAGGGGGUCAGGAAUCUGCCCAACGAGACCAUCACUGACCACCCUCGCCAGGUGUUCCGGGUCAAGACCACUCAGUUCUCCUGGACCGAGAUGCUCAUCAUGAAAUGCGUGCUGGGUAUGAUCUGGUCGGAGGUCAAGGAGAUCUGGGUGGACGGUCCUAGAGAGUAUGUGAUGCACCUGUGGAAUGUGUUAGACUUCGGCAUGCUGUCUAUCUUUGUGGCUUCGUUCACCGCUCGGUUCAUGGCCUUCCUCAAGGCCUCGAAGGCCCAGCUGUACGUCGACCAGUUUGUCACCGACGAAGACAUCCGCAACGCAUCACUACCUACAGAGGUAGCCUACUACACCUAUGCCAGGAAUAAGUGGCGUCCAUCGGACCCCCAGAUCAUCUCAGAAGGUCUGUAUGCCAUUGCCGUGGUGCUGAGUUUCUCCCGUAUCGCCUACAUCCUGCCAGCCAACGAGAGCUUCGGCCCCCUCCAGAUCUCCCUGGGCCGGACGGUGAAGGACAUCUUCAAGUUCAUGGUGAUCUUCAUCAUGGUGUUUGUGGCCUUCAUGAUCGGCAUGUUCAACCUCUACUCUUAUUACCUAGGAGCCAAGUACAACCCUGCCUUCACCACGGUGGAGGAGAGCUUUAAGACCCUGUUCUGGUCCAUCUUCGGUCUGUCGGAGGUGAUCUCCGUGGUCCUGAAGUAUGACCAUAAGUUCAUAGAGAAUAUUGGUUAUGUGCUGUUCGGGGUCUAUAACGUCACUAUGGUGGUGGUUCUACUCAACAUGCUCAUCGCUAUGAUCAAUAGCUCCUACCAAGAGAUAGAGACAGAUGCAGAUGUAGAGUGGAAGUUUGCCCGUGCCAAGCUGUGGAUGUCCUACUUUGACGAGGGUCGCACUCUGCCCGCUCCUUUCAACAUGGUGCCUUCUCCCAAAUCCUGGUACUACCUGGUCCUCCGCACCAAGGCCUGCAUCGUUCACCUCUGCAAGGCCAAGGGGCGUCGCCACGACAACGAACUAGAGAUGGGCAUGCUUAACUCACGACUCAAGGGCAAACGCUACAGGGCCCACGGUCGACCACGAGAGGAGUCCACUCUCAGAAAACCCAUCAAACAUCCCACUAGAUACCAGAAGAUCAUGAAGCGUCUCAUUAAGCGCUAUGUUCUGAAAGCUCAGGUUGACAGGGAGAACGAUGAAGUCAAUGAAGGGGAACUGAAGGAGAUCAAGCAGGACAUCUCCAGCCUGCGCUAUGAGCUCCUGGAGGAGAAGUCUCAGGCCACCGGAGAACUGGCUGACCUCAUCACACAACUCAGUGACACAUUUGUCAAGAACGCCACCAAAAAAAACCUAAGAGAGAGGGGAGAAGGGGUCCCCUACAGCCUACCAUCCACCCCGCCAACCAGUGACCCAGCCAAAACCACCCUCUAA